AUGGACCCCGUGACAACAUCUGGCACUCUCGCCACUUCUUUUCUUUCCAGACGGACAGCCUCUCGAAGAGCUUAUAAAGUCCCCGCCAUCCGACACAAUCUCGAAGACUUUCUACCUGAUUCUGACAUCAUCACCCUUCUCCGAGUCGAUGCUACCUUCUUCGAAGACGUCGUUCCGUCCGUAUGGGCUCAAGCUCCUGUCGAAGCUGUUCUAGCUUGUGAUCCAAAAGUCGCCACUAAGGAGAAGGAAGCCUUCCGUCAUCGAUUAUACUGCUCCUGCACUCUUCAUUUCUAUGAUAUUGUUGUUCAUGCCAAUGACAUCGAUUUCUCCGAUUGCGCCACCAUUCUUUCUCCUCGACAGGAUUUUCAUAUCACAUCACUCGAAGCUCGGCUACGCCACAACGAUGCUAUUGGACUUGAUCAAUUCCUUUCGAAUGGAAGUCACCUGAAAAAACUCCUCCUUGAUCUUCAAGAGGAAAUCUCCCCCCAGUUGAUCUUGGUGAUAGUGAAAGCCGUUCCAACCUACUUGAGGAGUUUGAAAGAGUUUCGUCUCAGAUUCACCACUGAAGUCGACCCCGAGAUUGAAUCUUGGCCCUUGAUUUGGAGAAACCCAAAUACUAUCUCCCUGUCAUUAGAAGAAUUCCGAGUGAGCGUCACGCACGCACCAACGGCGGAAGAUUUAGAAAUGCCAGGACGGUUGGAGAGAAUGGUUGAACGUAUACUGGGGAUGGCUUGGAUAGUCUCUUCUUUCAUGAACGGAAAUUGUCAAGUGCAUCUGACAGACAACAUGUUGAAACAUUUGGACUGUCAACCUUUUCUGGAACCCUGUCAAAAAGCUUCUAAAUCCAUGCAAGAAAUCAUCCCCCAUAUACCUUUAGACGGUACACCCGUCUCUCACCUUCCUAUCUUGGGAGCUCCACCCCCUGAGGAGAUGCUACUCGACCAUGUUCGUGAAACAAUUUCGAUGGAUGUGGUCAUGUAUUACGCCACCCGACGACGAUAUUUGUCUUGGGGAGAGGAUAACGACUUGUGA